UGGCUGUAGUGAGCUGUGUGAGAUUGUUUGCUAUUUGGUAAUGUUGAGCCUACUUGUAGCCAGCCCCGGAGAUACUGAAGAAUGUACAGGAUUAGUACCCGAUGAGAAGACCUUUCCUUAAUUCUAUAGCCAGAUCUCUUCUCACGGUGAUGAGAGGGCGUAUUUAUAACAAAUCCGUGAUAUAUAAUUAGUCAUUCGGCACAGGCACACAGAGCCAGUGAAAGAAAGUGUAAGCAUUAGGGAUACAGAAAGAGAAGAAACUUAACUCUAGCCUCAAAAAAAUUCACACAUACAAGGAAAUAGAUGAGCAAAGAGGCAACUGCAAUUCUCUGACGUUUUUUUCUUGUUUUUCUAAACCAUGCUUUUUGCAUUAAAUAGUGCAAGUGCCUGGAAUGCAGAGCACAUUACUUUUAUAUUUAUCUUCAAAGUUUUUUUUACUGAAUAAAAGUAUAGAAUAAAGAAAUAUCUUAAAAGAAUCCAGUUUUAUCAGGCUUCCCUCUCCAAUCUCGAAGAAUAUGUAAAAAAAAUCUCAGGUGCUUUACAAUUAAAGGUUAUUUAUUAUGUACCUGUGGCUUAUCUUGAUAAAAGUUUAUAUAUUAAGAAACAUCCAACAGGUAGAAUUUGCCAGAGUGCAGCACUAAACACUUGUACUUGAAACAAUCUUAUUACUUAAUAUCAUUUGCCCUUUUUUACAGACGAGGAAACAGAUAUAGAGGAAUUAAGUGUGGUGUCUAAGCUCACAUAGUUAACAAAUGUAGUACAACAAUUCUAUCAGGUCAUUUUCAUUUAGAAAUUGUUUACCUAGAUUAAAACAAAAUACCUGUUUGUUUGUUUUUAAAGAGAUGAAAUAUGCCAAGGUUAAGUAGGAAAGAUGGAUGACAUUCAUGAAGGCUUUCAACAUUAUAGUAUGGCUAAACUCUUGAUGAACAAUAACCCAUCAAUAGGAUGUGUGGAAUACCAACUAAUUGUUCUUUUGACCCAACUAGGCCAAGCAUGGAUCUACGAAGUUAAAAAGAUUGAGCUGUGCAAGUAACUGUCAAACAGCUCUUCUUUGCACAGGCUGGAAAGACUGCCCUUAUGCAAAUGAAACAAUCAGUAUUGACUGAUAAAAGUGGAAUAACUGUAAUUGAAAGCAUUUUCAAAGCUAUUUCAAUGUUGAAGAGUCAGCUACACUUUAAGACAUUUUCUUUAAAACAUUAUGAUGGGACCAGGUUUUACAGCCAAGAUUAUACACAUAAUUCUAUAUACAUGCUAACCACAUCUUUGUUCACAGUACCGCAGAAAAGCAUCUCUUCUCGAUGUUAUUAAGUAAAUGAUCAAUGGAUUAUCAAGCUGUGCUGCCAGUUGAUCCUGUUAAAGAAAAUUAUGUUCGUAAAGUGAGAAACUGCAUUUUUUCAAUUGCCUUCCCUACUCCUUUCAAGUCAAGAGUACGUCUUGUAGCAGUUUCAAAGGAAGUUCUAGAAGAUAUUUUGGACCUUGAUUUAUCUAUCUCAGAAACAAAUGCUUUUAUCCAGCUUGUAAGUGGUGGAAAGAUAGUAUCCGGAUCCAUUCCACUGGCUCACAGAUAUGGUGGCCACCAGUUUGGGAUAUGGGCAGAUCAGCUUGGGGAUGGAAGAGCCCAUCUUAUUGGAAUUUACAGGAACAGGCAGGGUGAAAAGUGGGAGCUCCAAUUAAAAGGUUCUGGAAAGACCCCAUAUUCCCGAAAUGGCGAUGGCAGAGCUGUACUUCGUUCCUCAGUGAGAGAAUUUUUGUGUAGUGAGGCUAUGUACCAUCUUGGAAUUCCAACCAGCAGAGCUGCAAGUCUAGCUGUGAGUGAUGACGAAGUAUGGAGAGAUCAGUUCUACAAUGGAAACGUUGCGAAAGAACGAGGUGCAGUAGUGCUGCGUGUUGCAAAAUCGUGGUUUAGAAUUGGAUCGUUAGAAAUUUUGGCCCAUGAUAGUGAACUGGAUUUACUAAGGACAUUAUUAGACUUCAUCAUACAGGAACAUUUUCCCUCAGUAAAUGUCAAAGAACCUAAUAGAUAUGUGGAUUUUUUUUCCAUUGUGGUAUCUGAGACGGCACAGCUUAUUGCCUUGUGGAUGUCUGUUGGUUUUGCUCAUGGUGUUUGUAAUACUGAUAACUUCAGUUUGUUAUCCAUUACAAUUGACUACGGUCCAUUUGGUUUCAUGGAGGCUUACAAUCCAGAUUUUGUACCAAACACAUCUGACGAUGAAAGAAGAUAUAAAAUAGGAAAUCAGGCCAAUAUUGGGAUGUUUAACUUAAAUAAGUUGUUGCAAGCUCUAAACCCAUUACUGGAUCCAGGGCAAAAGCAGCUUGCUGCUCAGGUUCUUGAGGGGUAUCCUGUUCUUUAUUAUACAAGAUUUAGAGAAUUGUUCAAAGCCAAAUUAGGAUUACUUGGAGAAAGGAAGGGUGAUGACGAUUUAAUUGCAUUUCUCUUACAUCUCAUGGAAAAGACAGAAGCUGAUUUUACAAUGACCUUUCGGCAGCUCAGUGAGAUUACUCAAAGCCAAUUACAGGAACUCAACAUUCCGCAGCAAUUCUGGGCACUGGAGACAAUUUCAAAGCACAAACUCUUUCCUGCCUGGGUGUCCCAGUACCUUUUGAGACUGAAGAGUAACAUGAAUGAUUCAGAUUCUGAAAGAAGAAAAAGAAUGACAACUGUUAAUCCUAGAUAUGUGCUGAAGAACUGGAUGGCAGAAUCUGCAGUGCAAAAAGCAGAAAGGAAUGAUUUUUCAGAGGUCCAUCUUCUCCAGCAAGUUCUUCAGCAUCCUUUCCAGAAGCAUUCUGCAGCUGAGAAAGCAGGCUACGCCUCACCUACUCCUUCUUGGGCUAAAGAUCUCAGAGUUAGCUGCUCAUCUUAAUUUGGAGAAAAUAAAGAAUACUUCUACCAUUGAAAUCUACAUAGAAUAAUCAAUUUGAUAAAUUCUUAAUGACCAUCUACGUUUUGAUGACAAUCCUAAAUUUCAUAAUAAUGAUUAUAUAUAAAAAUAUUUUUUAACCUA